AUGAAGGACUCCUUACUUACGAUCAAUACCAACAUUGGAUACCAUAGUAUGGAUAACGAGAAAACAGAAAGAAUGUUUACCGGACCACCUGCACGAAGAGCUAGACCUCUAGCUUUUGGAUUCCUGACAGUUGCUUUGUUAUAUCUCCUAUGGACUAUGAAUCUCCAUCAGUUGCUCAUGAGAUGUGGCAUGGAACCGCAAUCUACGGGAAUGAAGCCCACAGUCGAUGUUAUAUCUGUAUCCGAUCACAAACCUAUACCCUUGGAAGCUCAUAUAAUGAGCAAAUGUCCGGAUGCGCAGGAUUGUUUGAAGAUGAUGGUACUGCCCGCUAUGCAGAAAGUAUAUGAUAAAGUAAACUUUACGCUCUCCUUUAUCGGCGCACCUACAGACAAUGAUGGAGUAGCUUGUAAACAUGGCCCACAAGAAUGCAUGGGAAACAUUCUCGAAUUAUGUUCUGCGAGCCUAUAUCCCGAUCCAAAGAUAUACUUGGGGUUUACGAUGUGCCUUACCAGAGAUUAUAAAGAUAUUCCGGAGAGAAGUUUGGUGGAGGAUUGCGCGUUAGAGCAUGGAAUGGAUUUCGACAAACUUAAUGCUUGUACAGUUCAGGACGAUGGAGGGCGGGUGUCACAAAAUCUUGCACGGUCAGACUCAACGAGAAAAUAUUUUGUAUACGUGAUGGAGGGAAGUGGACGGACUGCCCAGGCGGGUCCGAAGUAA